UACGUUUACAUUUCAACAAGAAUGCUCUUGAACCUGUGCUAUGUUCUUGACAAUGAUUAGUGCACCUCUAAUAGACUGCAAACUAAAACGGCUGAAAAUAACGUAAUUUAAAUAAUCUUAUAAAAACGCAUUACGUUUAAUUUAUUUAAUUAUUCGUUUUUGCAGUCUUCAAAUUGCAUCCAGGAUCUAUGAGUAUAGUACCCAUAUUCAAUAUAUCAACCGAGAGCAAUAUAGCUGUAUUUACUUCCGUUCUACCAUUGCUGUGUAUUGCUGGCGUUGUGUAGCUAUUUAUUAUAAAACGCGCUUUGUCAGUUCCUCACAGCAUUUAAGUUUGGAACAUGUACACAUUUUAGCGCCAUGACACUCUUGCAAGUGUGAAACCGCCGACAUCAAGGAAGUCGUGUUUUUAAACAAAAAAAAAAACCCCCAGGGCGGACACAAAACACUGCCUUUAAAGGCUUUUCACGUUCAGUAGAAAGUGGUUAGCUGCUUCUCUUUUCAUUAUUUCAAUCAGUGACAGCCGCCGUCUCCGUGGGUUGCGCUUCUGCAAAUUGAUGCUUUUGUGCUGUUCUGCGUCUCCCACGGGUAGUUUCUGAACGAGCAUUGCGGUGCUGUGCAGAGCGCGAAGAGAGAGCGACGGAAAGAGUGCCAGGAUGAAGGACCAGAACUGCGCUGAGGAGAUAACGCAAAUUCUUCAAGAUGCACCCUCCGCAAGGCAAGCUCUGCUUGACAACUACACUAACCUACACAAGGUGGCCGAAUACUGCGAGAAGAACUACCUUCAGGUUGAGGACACCAGCAAGGCCUUGGAGGAGACGAAGGCCUUCACCACGCAGUCUCUGGCCAGUGUGGCCUACCAGAUCAGCACCCUGGCCACCAACGUGCUCAAGCUGCUGGAUGCUCAGACCUCACAGCUGCGGCAGAUGGAGUCGUCCAUCAACCUCAUCGCCCAGACGGUGGACAUGCACCGUGAGAAAGUGGCGCGAAGAGAGAUCGGCAUGUUCACCACGGCAAAGAGGGUGCCGCGCAGCAACAAGGUCAUCCCGCCGGCGGCCAGCCGGGAGCCCAAGGCCAAAUACUCCCGCACCCCCAUCACCUACACCGAGCUGGACACGCUGGGACACGGCAUGAAGAACUCCGGGAAGGACCAGGGGAAAUCUGGAUCUGUGACCCAGAAGAGGAGCAUAAGAGAGGGAGGCGGCACCCUGGGUCGGAGCGCUCGCCCUGUGGAACCCGUCGCGUGUCCUACUGCCCCAUCUAUGUCUCGGGGCGUGUCCACAUCCUCCCUCAGCGAGCGUUCUGUGGGGUCUAGUUUUGGAAUAGCGGUUUCUCCGCCCGUGGCACCCAACUGGACUUCGCAGGACAUUGCCUCUCCUCUGAUGGAGGAGAGCCCGCCUCCACCGCCCCCGCUGGCUCUGACGGACUCCAACGUCCCCCUCCCCCCCCCUCCCCCACCCCUCUCCAUGGACAUCCCCCCUCCCCCUCCACCACCCCCCGCAGCCAGCACCCCGGGGCCCCCCAGCUUGGCCUGUGUCCCCCCUCCUCCCCCAGCACCCCCGCUGGAAACUGUGGCUGAAGAGAAUGGAUUUCCCCCCCCAAUAUCAGAAGUUGCCUUUCCCCCUCCAGUCAGCGAUACAUUUGAUCUUCCAGCUCCACCCCCUCUCCCGGGCAUUGGGUCAAGCUCAGGCACGGCGUUGCGCUCCAAACGCUCACGGGGCCCGCGCCACCCUCCCACCUCCCGCUCGGGGUCCCUCAGGGUCCGUGUGGGGCCCUCAACGCGUUCUCUGCACACACUGUCUCUCUGCCUGCCCCCCUCUCACUCGCUCAUGAUUCCCCCGCCCCCUCCAUACCCCCCUCCUCUAGCCCCCCUGGCCACGCUGAGCAAUCUGUCCCGCGUCCCCGCCCAUCUGCAGCACCUGGACCUUCAGUUCCAGGCCCCGCCCCCUCCACCUGAUAUGAUGGGAGGCUUUGAUGACUUCUCGGCCCCCCUCCCACCGCCUGUGGACUACGACUCCCCUCCUCCACCCAACAUCAACGAGAAAGUGGUGGCACUGUACAGUUACAACUCUGGCAACCCUGGAGACCUGGCCUUCGAGAAGGGUGACAUCAUCUACGUCACCAAGAAGAACGAGGACGGCUGGUAUGAGGGCGUGCUGCAUGGGGCGGAGGGGUACUUCCCAGGGAACUACGUGGAGUCCACCAGCUAACCAGUCAAGAGUGAGGCCUUCUAACCAGGCCCACAGACCAACGGUCACCCCCCCCCAAUUUCUGGCCCCCCUCCCCCCUCCCCUUUCCACCAAAGCCUGGGGGUACCUUACUGGAAGCCCUCAGACCUUGGGGGGGAGGGGGUCCCUUAAUUUCCCCAUCAGAUAAGUCCCUUUGACAGCUUCUCGGUGUCGUGCUUCACAUGGCCUCUAAUGUCAUACAUGCAUAGUGCAGGGAUCACAGCUGAAAUAUCUGCAUUUUUAAAAAUUGUUACUUCAAGCUACGGGUGAAACUCUGCAGAUGUUCAGCCAUCAUGGUCUGUUCACACUUUUAUUCUGACAACAUUUCCACAAAGGGUUAAAUAGCCAUGAAACAAGACACCAUGAAUUGCAGAACUGCAUUCCUUUUGUUUACAAGACCAGGCUCUGAAAACAGCCUUUCAUAAACGGGAUUCACUGUAAGUGUGUGUCGUACUGUAAUGUGUCUACCAGUAACUUUAGGGUUACCAGCUAGUGGUGGGGGACUUUUUUUUGGAUAAAUCACCAGUUGUUCACCUUACAGUUAAACUGGAGCAUUAGAUUGUUUUUUUUUACCUCCCCAAAAUGUAACCAUCAAUUGUGUCUCCCAAGUUACCAACUAGGGUGCCAAGUGCACCACAAACUAGUGUGCAAAUGGCUCUGAUAGCAAGCAAAUAUUUUACACCCUGCAGGUCAUACAGGAGACAUCAGUAGUGACAACUGGUAGCCACUAGGCAUUCCUAUUGUAGUUCUCUUAGGAAUCUACUUUAGGGCUAACUAUAUGGCCUGCCAGCAUUAAAAUUUAACAGUUAUAUAUUGACUGCGCCAUAUGUGAGCCACAAGUUCUCUUAGAAAUUUAGAGAAAUUUUACUAGUUAAUAGUGGAGGAUGGAGGCUGAAUGGAGUGCAUCAUAGCUGCCAUGAGAAAAAUGGAAGCUAUUGAAUUAACACAUGGAUUAAAUCAGCUAGCACUUACAUUGAAUUGCUUUAAUCAAGACACUUAUUUGAUUUUUUUUUCCAAUCUAAAUUUCAAUAUUUUAUCAUUUUACAUACUUGUGGUGAAACAAAUGUGUGUGUGAAUUCAAAUAAGAUACAAAGUAAUAUAUGAAAUUACAGAGAGUAAUGGAAAUUCAUAUUAUAAAUAUGUAUGUUUAGUAAAAUGUGAAUUUAUAGUAAGGAUGUAACAUUUUCUACAAUUGCGUGUAUGCAUAAAAGUAAGGGUAAAUUUUUGAAAUGUUUGGAAAAUUAUUUUGAAUGAUGUGGAUAGUGAUGUAAUUGAAGCUUUCCAGUAUUAAAUAUGACACUUAUAUUAAAAAAA